AUGGGAAACACUUUCUUGCACUCAUUGAGUUUAGUGAAUUUCCAGAAGUACGCGAAUACUAGAUUUAUUUUCUCACCGCAUGGGAAUUUAAUUGCAGGAUUGAAUGGCUCUGGUAAGAGUACAGUGGCAGGUGCAAUUGCAUUAACUCUAGGGGGCACCAGUAAAACCAUGGGUAAGACUCUGGGUGUACAUGAGCUUAUAAAGUACGGAGAGACAAAGGCUGUCUCUGAACUUGUUAUUAGGACAGACAGAAGGAGUGAAGUCUCUAAAAUUGUAAAAAUCAACGGGAAAGACAGAGUAAUAGACAUAAUUAUAACCAGAACCAUAACACUAAAUGGAUCAUCGUAUAAGAUAAAUAGUAUACCUGCCACAUUAAACCAAGUGAAAGAAAUAACAGAAGCCCUGAGUAUCCAAAUAAAUAAUCUUGGGCAAUUUCUGCCUCAAGAUAAAGUCACUGAAUUCUCUACUCUCACGGAAGAAGAACAAUUAGAGACAACCUUAACUGCAUGUAAGCCAGAUCUACUGCAGAAGAAAAGGGAAUUGGAGGAAAUUUCAGAUGGAUUAGUCGAUUACAAAAAGAAACUACAGAAGGAAAUAUCACAAAGAAAUGAACUACACCAGAAGAUGGAAAGACUUGAAGAAGAACAGAAGAAAUUAAAAGAAUUCUUGGAGAGAAAGGAGCACAUUAGCUUGCUGCAAAGUAAAAUUAAGUGGGUGGAGUAUCAGACAAUAAAGAACCAAAGAGAUGAACUAAGGGAAAAACUAAAGAAAGAAGAAGAAAUAUACAAAGAACAACAGAGAAGAAUAGAUGUACUAGAGACAGAAUAUGCAGCAGAGACUGAUAGAAUAAAAAGAAUAAAAGCAGAGAUUGAGAGUAUGGUGGAUAUCUCAGCAUUCACACAGAAUAUCUCUGAGAUCAGAAGAAGUGAAGAAAAAGAACGACUAGUAGAAGAAGAAAUUCAUGUGAUAAAAGGUAGAAUAUCUCGUCUAACCAAAGAGAAAGUAGAGAUGCCAGUACCCAACAGAAAUGGAAAGAUAGAAAUCCCAAAGAUAAAAUUAACUAGUCAUCUACAAGAAGAGUACAGUAGAUUAGAUGAUGAACAUAAACGUAGUAAGAUGGAAGAUAGUUCAUGGCAGAUAGAAUCUGCUUUAAAGGCAUCUGAAUUAAGGAAUCUAGAGAUAGAACUGAAAAAAGGAGAUGAAGCAGAAGAAAGACUGAUGGAAACCCUUAAGGCCAUGCAUAGAGAUACAUACACUGUAGUAGAAAUAUUGAAGAAAAGUGAGAAGAAAUGGGAUGUGACACUGCCUGCAAUUCUAACAAUGAAGAUAACAAAGGACGAAUAUAAAGAAGAAGUCUCCAGUCAGUUGAAUGUCCAUGCACUGACGUGUUUUGUCUGUCACUCAAAAGAUUCAUUCCAUGAGUUCAUUCAGGAAUUCAAAGAUAAAAGAGGUCUUGCAAUUAAUGUAACAGAAAGACAGAUUAACAGUACAGAAGGAGCAGUAAAGAUGCAGUCAGUUCCAUUGGAUGAAAAAUAUAAAAUGGUCUAUCUCUCUGAGUGCAUUGAGGCACCAGAUGCAGUGAAAGAAUUCUUGAAUAUUUUCUCAAAAUUAUCGUAUAUUCCUGUUACAAAACUGUCACUUUCUGAUGAACAUGAAUUCUUUGGUAAGUACAGGAAGAUAACCCGAAUAAUAUCGAACAAAAGGGUAGUUGAAAUUAGAAGAUCACAGUACACAAAGGAUGAAACACUCACUAUAUAUCCAAUAUCAAAGGGAAUUGACGUAUUUUCAAAGCCAUAUAAUCUAACAGAAAAAAAAGAAGAAUUAAAACGGUUAAUUUUGGAAAGAGAAAAAAGAACAGAGUACAGGAAGAACGUACUACAGAAGAGGGAGCAAAUUGAAAAAAGACUGAAUGAACUGAAGAAAAUAAAAGAAGCAGAUCUUAUGGAGCAAGAGAAAUAUGAAAGAUUGAAGCGAGAAGAACAAGCAUACAAAGAAAGAAUGGAAGAAAUUUCAAAAGAAAGUGCAGAUUUGAAUGAGAAACAAGAAAGAAUAGAGGCAGAUUUAAGAAGAAUAAAGAAGGAAGAAGGUCCUUUCUGGAAAAACCUGCCACUAACUGCUCUCUACAGCAGUAUUGAGGAGUUAGCCCAGAAGUCAAGAAUCAUGGAGACCCAGUACGAUGACCUGAAUAAGAAGAAAACAGAAAUACUUAAUGGAAAGCAGGCCUUAAAGGAAGACCACAGUAGUAUAUUAAAGGCAUCAGAAGAGAUUGAAGAAUUAAAAAGACAAGCAACCAGAAAGAAGGCAGAAGCAGAUGCAACGUACACCAUAGACACAGAGGACAAGAAAAGUAAAAUAAAAUCACUCACAACCUGCAUAAAGACACUCACCUCAAUGCUGGCCCAAGAAAAGGCAAAGGCAGAAAUAUCCAUAGUAGACUACUCUGCAAUAGAAGAGUAUGAGACUUGUAAACUACAACUGCAGCAGAUGGAAAGAUCAAUUAAAAGAGAAGAGUCAGAACAAGAGAAACAUGAGAUAAUUAAGACCAGGAAAGAAACAGAACUUAGAGUGGAAAUAGACAGAUUAAUCAAUAAUAUCAAUGAAAAAGCCACUUCUCUCUUCCAUGCAGCUGGGAUAGGAUCUGAAGUACAUGCAGAGUACUGCGAAUUUCCUCGUAGGUGGAAAUUAGUCCUGAAGGUGCAAUUUAGAACAGAAGGACAACUAGAAGUACUCUCAGCAGGACGGCAUAGUGGAGGUGAAAAGGCAGUUUCCAUUAUUCUAUACCUUCUUUCUAUGCAGAAACUAUCUGAUGCCCCGUUCUUGCUGGUGGAUGAAAUAAAUCAAGGAAUGGAUGCAGGAUAUGAAAGAACAAUCCAUAGUAUGCUGGUUGGAGAUAAGUCAAUCAGUGAUAAACAAGCAAUUGUUAUUACGCCUAAGCUAAUUUCUGACUUAAGUUAUGCUACAACCACAAAGGUACAUAUAAUUAUUGAGACUAAAUAA